AUGUCAGCCGUACUGACGUCAGCUGCGGUGGUGGAGGCGGAGGGGGAGGCGCAAGCGGCGGAGGGGACGCAGGCGCAAGUCCGCAAGGGGCGGGGGAAGUCGGGCGGGCGGCAGAGAGUGCAGCGGCGGAAAGGGGGCGAUGGGGGGGAGCCGGAAGGCGAGGAGACGGCGGGCGUGCGGACGAACAAGCUGGCGUGGCUGGCGGACGAGGGCGUCAUGCUCGACUCCGAGCGCACGUUGGCGCGGGUGAAUCGCGCCAUAGCGCGGUGCUCGUCCGUCAAGGAGGCGCUGGGCGUGGUGGAGGAGAUGAAGGCCAAGGGCCUCAACGCCGCCAAUGAGGGCACGUACCAGGCGCUGAUAACGGUGUGCAGGAGGCAGCGGCAGGGCGAGAGGGCGCUGGUGGUGUAUGCGGCAAUGAAGCAGGCGGGCAUGGCGCCGGGCAUGCUCACCUUCAACGCCCUCAUCUCCUGCUGCCACCAGGCUCAGCGAUUCGAAGAUGCUUUUCGCCUCAAGGCGGACAUGGAGGCACAGGGCUUAAAGCCCGACGUGGUGACAUACACAUCCCUCAUGGCGCUCGUGGUCAAGACCGGCCCCUACCGCGGCCGCUCCUCUCCCUCCCAGCGGUUCGAGCGGGCCAUGGACUUGUACAGGGAGAUGCGCUCCCCCGAGCGGGCAGUGCAGCCGGACGCCAUCACAUUCAACACGCUCAUGUUCGCCGCCGCCCAGGCGAAGCUUCCUGGGAAGGUGCUGGAGGUGUACGGCAUGAUGGUGGCGGACGGCGUGCCGCCCAACCAGAUCACGUUCGGGAUUCUGCUCGAGGCCGUGGGCAGUGGCGGGCGGCUCACUGCUGCCCUGCAGGUGUUCAACGAGAUGCGGGCGGCAGGCAUCCCCCCCACCACCUCCACUUUCAACUACCUCAUUGAUGCCUGCGCCACCGCUCCCCGCCCUGACGCGGUGAAGGCCUGGAGCCUGUUCUCCGAGAUGGAAGCUGCUGAGAACGUUCGUCCCAACGCAGAAACGUUCAACCUCCUCAUCACCGCCUGCACCAAGGCGGGUGACCACGAGGGGGCCCUGAGAGCAUUCGGCAUGAUGCGGGAGAGGGGGUAUACGAGGGCCAUCACCACGUCCACCUUCAACAAGCUCAUCCACUCCGCUGCUGCCGCCCCUUCCGCCUCCACCGAAACCGCCUUCCAGCUAUACAGCCAGAUGCGGGCAGAGGGCCACAGGCCAGACGUGGUAACCCUGGGGACGCUCAUCACAGCAUGUGGCAAGGACGGGGACGCAGCGCGCGCCAUGGCGGUGAGGCAGGAGCUAGAGGCCGAGGGCGUGCCGCCCAACGCCGCCGUCUUCCACGCGCUCAUGGCCGUGCAGGGCCGCGCUGGCUUGUGGCCGGCGGCGCUCAGCACGUUCCGGGAAAUGCAGGGCCGGGCAGCGGAGUGGGAGCAGAAGGGGAGCGGCACCACGGUUAUUGGUGGCCCCAGAGAGAACCCCCUGGCACCAACCCUCCCGGCGUACACGGUGCUUUUCGACGCGUGCUUUGGUCCCGAGGGGGCAGAUGCAACGAUCAAGGGCCUCGUGGAGAAGGGGUGCAGGCUCUCCCUCACGCCGGCCCUGCUAGCAGCGGUGGAGGUGUACAGAGAGGCAGCAGAGGCGGGCACUUUCUCGCACUACGCCCUCUCUGAUGCCUACAGGUGUGAUGUGCGCAGUUCUACACGUCCGGUGGCCACCGUGGCUCUUAUCUCCCUCCUCAUGCACCUCACCUCUCCUGCCUCUGCUCAUGCCGGUGCUGCUCCUGCAACUUCCCAAGAUAGUGCUUCCGCUACUGCUGCUCCUGCACCUGCCGCCGCUGCUGCUACUGCAGGAGCCUCAGCUGAUGACUCGUUAGUGCGAGACUUGGCCAUCGUUACAGGAAUGUCGCGGGCGAAGAACCAGCCGAUAGGAGAGGCGCCGAGGGGCAGGUUUCCGAAGCUGUUUGUGAGUGUGGAUCGGACGCUGCAGGCGGUGGGGCUCAAGGGCAAGAGCAUGCGCGCGCUCACCAUGCAAGCGCUGUCUGUGGACGGUCAACAGCUCGCGCAAUGGCUCAAGAAAGAUGCUGCGGCUGUGUUUCCCGAGUUGAGGAAGUAG